AUGGACACGCUGAGAGCGCUGAAGCCGCUCCACCGCGUCUGCCAGGUGUGCAACCUGUGGCCCUGGCGCCUCGUCCCACCGCCCGACACCGAAGGCGUCCUCCUCCGCCGAUCCCGCUGGCUGGAGCUCUACGGCUGGACGGUUCUAACGGCUGCCAGCGGCUUCACCGCUUACGGUCUCUUCCAGGAGAGCAGCGUCCAGGUGGCGAACUCCGUGGCGGACUCCGAGUCGGCUAUCUCGAGCAUUGGUCACACGGUGGACUUCAUCCAGCUGGUGGGCAUGCGGGUGGCCCACCUGGCCGCCCUGCUGGAGGCCCUGUGGCAGCGUCAGGUGCAGCGCGAGUUCUUCGCCGAGCUGGGCGAGAUCGAUCACCAGCUGGCCAAGGCGCUGCGCGUGGACGUGGAGGCCAUGCGCCUCCAGAUGCGUCGCCAGACGACGCGCCGCGCCGUUUGGAUGCUGUGGGGCUAUGCCGUCAGCCAGAUCCUGAUCCUCGGAGCCAAGCUGCUCGCCCCGGGCACCAGCUUCCCCGUCUACUGGAUCUGCUACCUGCUGCCGCUGCUCGUCUGCGGAUUGCGCUACUUUCAGAUCUUCACCGCCACCCAGAUUGUGCGCCAGCGCCUCGAAGUGCUCCUUGUGGCCCUGCAGCAGCUGCAGCUGCAGCAGAAGAGCUCCUCGGAGGAGGAGGAGGAAUCACAGUCACAAUCCGAUGUCGAAGAGGCGGCCAUGGAGCAACUGAUUGCCGUGCGGCUCGUUUACCAACGGGUCUGGGCUUUAGUGGCCCUGCUGAACCGCUGCUACGGCCUCUCCAUGCUCAUCCAGGUGGGCAACGACUUCCUGGCCAUCACCUCCAACUGCUACUGGAUGUUCCUCAACUUCCGCCAGUCGGCGGCCUCCCCCUACGACAUCCUGCAGAUAGUCGCCAGUGCCGUGUGGUCUGCCCCCCACCUGGGCAACGUGCUCGUGCUCUCGCUUCUCUGCGACCGAACGGCCCAGUGUGCCACUCGCCUGGCACUGUGCCUGCACCAGGUGAGCGUGGAUCUGCGCAACGAGUGCCACAACGCUCUGGUGGGUAGUCCAUUCCUUGCCCUUCUCCCCCAGAUAACCCAGUUCUCGCUGCAGCUGCUCCACCAGCGGCUCCACUUCAGCGCCGCUGGAUUCUUCAACGUGGACUGCACCCUUCUCUACACGAUUGUGGGCGCCACCACAACAUACCUCAUCAUCCUGAUCCAGUUCCACAUGAGCGAGUCCACCAUGGGCGGCGGAUCGAAUGGAGAGUAG